AUGGCGUCAUCUGAGCCAUUCCCUAUUCUCAAUACUUCGGCCGACCAGUUACAUUCAGCGGCCGACCACGGAAAUGCCCGUCGACGUAGAAAGUCGAGCGGACUAGGCGCUGACCUUAUGGUGGGAGACACUGGCGCACCUAGCUUGCACGAUAGUCUCGCAAACCUGCAGGGCACAUCACCCACCGCCGACUCAGCUUCCCAAGGCCAAAACACAGGAUCGGAUAGCAAGGAAGUGUCUAAGAAGGGAUAUAAGCGACGUAAAGCUCGCUCCUUUUUGCGCCGCUGCAAGCACUAUGCCAUCAAGCACACGUGGGUUUUACCUUUGGUUGUCUUAGCUAUAUUCCUAUCAUUGUUCGCUAUAAAUCCGACAGAAUCGAAUCCCAUCUACCAUUUCAUCUUCCUGUCCUACAAGCUUCCCCUCGAAGCAGGUGCUGACCCUAGCACACCCGCCCAAUAUGGCAAGGGUCCAUGGGAUAUCGCUUUGGUGUGCUUCUAUGCUAUUGUUCUCUCCUUUACUCGUGAGUUCAUCAUGCAAGAGCUCCUUCGACCCCUUGCUAGGUUUGCUGGUUUGAAGUCCCGUGGGAAGCAAGCCCGUUUUAUGGAACAGAUGUACACCGCCGUCUAUUUUGGCGUUUUGGGACCCUCAGGCAUGUACGUCAUGAGCCACACUCCGGUUUGGUAUUUCAACACCCGCGGCAUGUACGAAGACUUCCCCCACAAGACGCACGAGGCCGACUUCAAGUUCUACUACCUAUUUCAGGCCGCCUACUGGGCCCAGCAGGCUAUCGUACUAUUGCUUGGCAUGGAGAAGCCCCGCAAGGAUUACAAGGAGCUCGUUGGCCACCAUAUCGUCAGUUUGGCGCUUAUAGCACUCAGCUACCGCUUUCACUUUACCUAUAUGGGCCUUGCUGUCUACAUCACUCACGAUAUUAGUGACUUCUUCCUCGCUACCUCGAAAACUCUUAAUUAUAUCGAUCAUCCCCUAGUAGGACCCUACUUCUUCAUUUUCAUGUGUAGCUGGACCUAUCUACGCCACUACCUCAACCUUCGGAUCCUAUAUUCGCUAUUCACCGAGUUUCAGACAGUAGGACCCUAUGAGCUGAACUGGGAAACUGGGCAAUACAAAUGCGAUCUAGCCUUCUGGAUCACCCUGACUCUCCUCUCGUCUCUCCAAGCUCUCAACCUCUUCUGGCUAUUUUUCAUCGUUAGGAUUGCCUAUCGCUUCGUUGUUUACAGUAAAGCCGACGAUGACCGGUCUGAAGCCGAGGACUCCGAUAUGGAGGAAGAGCAGGAGAAGCAAGAAAAGAGUACCGAGGCAACGCCGUUGCUUAAUGGUAGUAAUGGCGGCACAAAUGGCAACGCAAAUGGUGCGCUUAAGGCUCGAGCAAAUGGAGCAGCAUCAUCGCUAUUGGAUAAAUCUGCCCAAUAG